CUCGCUCUGUCCCUCUCCCCUCGGAGAUGAGGCCGGGGGCGCGCCCCUGCCCAGCUCGCUCCAGCCCUAAGUGGAGACCAGGGGCUGCACGGGACAGACAGACCAGCUGACGGCCCAGGAGAGGAGCUGCAGCCGCCGCCGCUGGGAGCCUGCCCGUCACCAUGGACCCUCCAUCCCUGGACAUGGCCAUUCAACAUGCCCUGGCAGGCCUCUAUCCUCCAUUUGAGGCCACAGCACCCACUGUCCUGGGUCAGGUGUUUCGUCUCCUGGAGUCUGACUUCCAGGGGGAUGGGCUGAACUUCCUCCUGGAUUUCCUGAUCCCUGCCAAGCGUCUGUGUGAACAAGUGCGCGAAGCAGCCUGUGCCCCCUACUCACACUGCCUCUUCCUACAUGAGGGCUGGCCCCUCUGUCUGCGGAAUGAGGUGGUGGUCCACUUGGCCCCCCUCAACCCCCUCUUGUUGCGCCAGGGUGACUUCUACCUCCAGGUGGAAGCCCGGGAGGAGCAGUCCGUCCGCAUCGUGAUCAAGUACCUCUCCUUGGACCUUCGCACAGUGGACAGGAAGCCGGUUGAUGAGGCGUCCUACCCGGUACUUUUCACCCAAGAAUGGCUGGGGACCCUCAAUAGCGACUUUGAGGGGCGUCCCCUGCACAGCUGCCUGGUAGCUUCAGAGAAGGGGAUCUCGCUCAUGCCAUGGACCAAGAUCGCCAGGCCAGAGUUUGUGGAUGACCGGCCCCAAGCAGAGCAUGUCCUCGCCCCUGUUCUGGAAUCUCUUCAAUUGGAGGCGCUUGACUUGAGCAGCCCCCUAGGGCUGCCCCAGGCCGGGUCCCCAGGCAGCCAGGAGCUUCUUGUCCAGAGUCUAGUCAAGGGUAGGAGCAGGACUCACAGGAACAAGUAUCCAGGACUUAUCAAGGUGGAGCAAGCCAGGCGUCAGGAGGCGGCCUUUGGGGCGGACGGUGUGGUCAACCAGGACUUGGAGGGAGACUACGUGGGUCUCCUGGACUUUUCCAAAGAGAGCGUUGGAAGGUCUCUCGGUGGAGAGGUGGGCACAUCCACUGGGGGGUCUUCUGGGACACUCGAAGAGCUAUCCCAAACCGAAGAAGGCCCUCUCUCCCAAAGGAUGCCGCCUUCCUCGCAGGUCAUUGGGGGAUCUUUCUUGGGAAAAUGGACUUGUGCCAAGUCAGCAAGCUCAGAGGAGGAACCCUGCCCAUUGAGCCAGAGGAGGAAGGUCAAGCGGGAAGUGCCCAUUCACAACUCAGAAGGUGCAGCUCAAGAACCCUACCUCAUGGUCCCAGAGACCCCGCUGGUCUGUGCCUCUGGCCUCAGGGCAGAUAGCUCAGCAAAGCCAGCUGCCUCCAAGGGCCAGGGACCUCUUGGAAACCCAGAGAAAAUGCCCCAGCUCAGGCCGGGACCCCAACAAGCUUCCUCUCCCUGCCCAUCCCCAGAUUCUACUCCAGCCCCAGAAACAAAGAUGGCAGAUAGGACUGUACAGGGAAGUGGGAGACUGCCCAAGCCUAUGACCAACCCUAACCAAAGCACCUCCUCGUCUGGGUCCCCUGUGCCUGGUCUCGAGUUCCUGAAAGGGCAGAGGCUGUCUCCUGCGUCCCCUGAGAAAGUCUUGUUCUACCAUGACGGGCCCUGGAAAGUCCCCUGCUCACUGUACUCCCCCAAAUCCAGCCAGGCCAAGUCCAUGGAGAAAGCUGGAACAGCUCAGGCCAGAGCAGCUGGCCUGGCCGCUGAUUCAGGCCCAUUGACUGGAGCAGAGGCUGGCUUCCCAGAAGCCUCCACCGGCCCACCAGGAAAAGGCCCCGCCCUGGACGAGGCUGCCCCAGGGCCUGAAACCCGGAUUGGGGCUCUGAGUAUGGAGAUCUGUCACUCCGGGCUAGCAUGCCUGCCAGGUGGUCGAGACAAGGCAGGGCGGCCCCUGCUUCUCCUGUCAGCCAAUGCGGGGCCCCGGGAGGCACCAUGGUGCUCGGUCUCACAGGUCACCAAGCUGCUCUCCUACCUGUGUACCAUCCCCAGGCCUAAAACUAAAACCGAAGGGCUGGCGGUCCUGAUUGAUGCCAGGAAACAGGCCCCACACCCGAGUUUGGUCAAGGCCCUGCAGGCCACCCAGGUCUUGACCCCGGCCGCCAUUCAGACUCUGCUCUUCCUGGGGGAGAAGGCGUCUGCUCGCCAGCUGGAGAUGUUGCCCAACGUCCAGGUGGAAGUGCUGCCCUCAUUGAAGGCACUCAGCUGCCAUGUGGACCCCAGCCAGCUGCCCACCGCCUUGGAAGGCUCCCUGCCCUACUGCCACAGCGAGUGGGUGCAAUUUUUCCAGAAGCUGGAUCCUUUCCGCGCUGAGCUCCGCCAGGCCUCCUCCCUGCUGCAGGCUUCCAUCGAGGAGUUUGAGAAGGGCGACGCCCCUGGGGGCGUGCAGGAGGCUGCCCGGUGCCUGAGCAAGUCCAAGGAGCUGAUGGAGGCUGUGCUGAGGGACCCAGGCCUGCUGGUCCUCCAGAGGGAAGGCGGAGCCACCCUGGCCAGGCUUCGGUGGGAGGCCAGCAGGCUGGACUUCAACCCCGACGUCAGAGGCAAGGCCCGGCUCCUUUAUUCCUCACAAGAGCCUGUCAUCACUCGGCUGAUGGUGACUGAAGUCAGCAGCUGGAUGGAGCAGGAGGGAAGCCGGUGCCUGCAAGCACUGACCCCCAAGGAGGGAAGCUUGGAGACGGUGGAGAAAAUCCACACUGAGUUCGAGGACUUCUUCCUUCAAGUGGCAGCGCAGUACCGCCAUGGCCUGGAGCUGUCUAAACAGGCGGCGCAGCUCGGGGCGGCCACUGGAGGGGCCGACGAGGUGGACGGUGCUACCUUCCCGGAGCUGGCGGCCUUUGCCACCACCCAGCGGGCCUUCCAGACAAAGCUGACCCACUUCUACAUGGCCGCCGAGCGGCAGCGCACAGACCUGGAGACGCUGCUCUACCUGCAUCGCUUCUGCAAGAAGAUGACCUGGUUCCACAUGGACUGUCAGGACUUGAUGACCCAGCUCAGGCUGGGCAAGGCCCAAGGGGCCAGCUCUGGGGACCAGCGCCGUCUCCACCGCUACCUGCAUCGGCUGGCCUCGGAGUUCCCUGCUGAGAAGCUCACAGCCAUGGGGCUGCAGGUGGCCUCCCUGAGCUGGGCAGGCCUGGGCCGGGACCUGUGGGAAGAGGCUCAGGGCCACCACGAGGAGAUCCGGGCCCUCCUGACGAAGGCGUUGGCCCACUGUCCAUGCCCAGCAAGUUCCACUGCCCACACGGCACAUGCAGAUCUGGGAGGGGCUGUCACCAAGGUCCUGGGUCUGAAUAGAGGCUCCUCGAGGGGAAGGGGGCACCCACCCCCACAGGACUCACUGGGUGUGGACCACCUGCUCAAAUCUCGCUGGCCUUCGCGGGCCAGCAGAGAGGGUCAGAACAGGAAUUUCCAGCUAGGCCCUCUGCCCCAUGCUGUAGAGGCUGAUGGAGGCAAAGACCCACUGGAUAGUGCUCUGGGAACUUCCCCUGCCACCCCCUUCUCCUGGCCCUGCUUCUCCAGGCAGCUUCCUCCCAACCAGCUCCCCUGCCUGGCUGGGGGCAGCUUUUCCUCAGAGGGGACAGACUCACAGACAUCUCUGGAGGACUACCCUCAGACAAGUCCCCCUGCGUCCCUCUAGCGGGGAGCCCCUGUGAACUGUGUCAGGUCCAGGGGACAGCUGGGGUGGUGGCCACAGGAAGCUGCCGAGCCCUGGCCAGAUUGUAUGAUGAGUGUCUGACCCAGGCUAGGGGGAUGUGGACUGUGGGCCUGAUUCCAGCUCCAGCCCCUCUCGUGGUCAGGAGGGUGCACAGUCAGGACCAGCGUGCCAAUCUCGUUGUGGAAAAGAGGAGGUGGUACAGACCCCCCAAAGGUCUCCUUCUCAGCAGGCCCAACACCUGGAGGGAGUUUGGGACAAGACGCAAGCUUCCCCCUUUGUCACCGGGGGUGUGGCGGCAUCCGUUUGGAAUCCAUAGGGUAGGCUGAUCUGGAGAUGGCUUCUUGCCUUCGCAUUCCCACGGGAGCCGACGCUGAGACAAGGAAGCACACGUAUGCUUCUUUGGCAGGGUGCCCGUUUCUGAGGGCUGCCGUCACCAAGCACCCCUCCUGGUAGCUCAGAGGAAGGAAAACGUAUGGUCUCCCAGUCCUGGAGGCUAGUCAUCCAAAUUCAGGGUGUCGACAGGACAUGCCCCCCUCUGAAGGUUCUCAGGGAAGACCACUUCGUCCAUCUCUCCCAGCAUCUGGUGGCCCCAGGAGCUCCUUGGCUGGUAGCUCCAGCGUCACACCACUGCACCUGGCCAUGUGCCCCCUGCUUGAGUCUGCGUCCCUUCUCCUGUAUAGGACACCACUCAGCUUGGACUAGGAACCACCGCUCC